AUGGCAGCGUGGGUCGACUCUCGUACGGGAAAGCUCACGUACGCCCAGAUGCAAGCCAUGAUGGCCACAGAAUUUGGAGGAAUGAAUGAAGUCUUGGCCGACAUCUUCCACCAAACCGGGGAUCAACGUUGGCUCACUGUUGCACAGCGAUUUGACCAUGCCGCCAUAUUUGAUCCUCUUGCUUCAAACCAGGAUAGCCUCAAUGGCUUGCACGCGAACACUCAAGUUCCAAAAUGGAUCGGUGCCUCACGCGAGUACAAAGCCACGGGAACUAGUCGAUACCAGGACAUCGCCCGUAACGCAUGGAACAUCACCGUCAGCGCGCAUUCGUACGCAAUUGGAGGGAACAGCCAGGCAGAGCACUUUAGGCUCCCCAAUGCCAUCGCUACAUUCUUGAAUCAAGACACUUGCGAGGCUUGCAACACGUACAACAUGCUCAAGCUCACACGAGAGCUUUGGUUGACAAACCCGAGCGCCACAACUUACUUUGAUUUUUAUGAGCGUGCUUUGCUCAACCAUUUGCUGGGCCAGCAGAACCCAUCUGAUGGUCAUGGUCAUGUCACAUACUUCACUCCCUUGAACCCGGGUGGACGUCGUGGCGUCGGUCCGGCCUGGGGCGGUGGAACCUGGAGUACAGACUAUGACUCCUUCUGGUGCUGCCAAGGAACUGGGUUGGAAACAAACACAAAACUCAUGGACUCCAUCUACUUUUACGACAACUCUGCGCUCUACGUCAACCUGUUCAUACCCUCUGUUCUGACAUGGACUCAGCGCAGCGUCACUGUUGCCCAGACCACCGAUUUCCCCCGCGGUGAUACAACGACCCUGAAGGUCACUGGUGCUGGCAAAUGGGUUAUGCGUGUCCGUAUCCCAGCAUGGGCUUCUGGAGCUCAAGUUACUGUGAAUGGCCAAGCCAUAAGCAGUGCCGCUGGAACAUAUGCGUCAAUCGACCGCACCUGGGCCUCGGGCGAUACGGUGGUUGUGAAGCUACCUAUGAAGCUACAAGUCAUUCCUGCGAACGACAACCCCAGCAUUGCCGCAAUCGCCUACGGUCCUGUCAUUUUGAGUGGAAAUUAUGGAAGCGAAACACUUUCUACUACCCCAGCGUUGAACUUGGCCACCGUGAAGAGAACUGGAACUACUGGAUUGGCUUUUACGGCGACGGCGGGUGGCAAGACUGUGAACCUUGGACCCUUCUAUGAUGCCCAAGGUUUCAAUUAA